CCGCUCCAGUCCACGAGGUGGCAGUAACAAGCCGUCGCGCUGAUCGGUUAUCCUUCAUUGUGUCUGUCAGCAUGUGAUUGAAAUGUCGGUUUCAAGAUUACCUCCUGUCACCCUGAACCUCAAACAGUUUUUGCAGAGACAGAAAGUAUUGGGUCUGUACCGUAAUUUAUUGAGGACAAUCAGACAAGUCCCCGAUGAAGCAGAUCAGAAAUAUUUGAAGGACUGGGCAAGAGAGGAGUUCAAGAGGAACAAGGAGGCCACAAAUCAGGAUGCCGUCCGAAUGAUGAUCACGCAGGCCAACAAUCACCUCGAGGAGCUUAAGAGAUCCCUCGCUCUGGCUGGAAGGUGAACAACUCUGGCGACUGGAAACAUCGAGUGUCCCGGACUGCAGCAUUUGUUUUCUCCAUCUAUAUUUCCUGAUAUACGGACAAAAGUAUUGGGACCCCCGACAUCUCCAGCCAUAUGUUUCUCCUCCACGUACACUGAUCAGACAUAACUUUCUGACCACUUACUGGUGAAUAACACUAAUCAUAUCUUCAUCAUGGCACCUGUUAGCAGGUGAAUAUAUUUACUAGGCAGCAAGUAAAAAUUUUGAGGUGUUAGAAGCAGGAAAAAUGGGCAAGCGUAAGGAUUUGAGCGAGUUCGACAAGGGUCAAA